AUGUUUUUCAUGCAACGCCGUUCCAUCCAUUCCGUCAGAUUCAACUCAGAUUUAUACAAGUCCCCGCGCUUUAUCGCGGUACGCAAGUACCUCGAGAAAAAGCUGAAAGAGUACUGCAAGACCUCUGGUCUGGAUGCUCAAGGAGCACAUGAGGCUACAAUUGUCUCUUCCGCUCAUUCGGGUGGCACUCAGCGAGACGAGCCCUUCCAUAUAACCUUCCGUGUUCAGAAGGAAGAUGGCAGCUACAUCUCUACAAUCAACCCCUACACGCAGAAAUCUACGUUCAGCCACCAUUGGUAUGUGGCGCCGAGCAACCAGGACCUAUAUAAUGAUGCGGCCGCUGAUGCCAAGGCUGCGGGUGGAUUCACGUAA